AUGUCAGUCCCUACAAAAGCCGCCUUCAUCCACUACGGGGAUUUCGACAGCACCACCCGGAAACUCCCAGUGAUGGAGUUCAUGGAGCGCUUCCGCGACGACUAUGACACGAAGUCGUUCGAUCCGAAAUGGUACGCCCCGGACUAUACGUACGUCGCGCCGGACGGCACGGUGUCCGAGGGCCGCGACAAGGCCAUCGCGGCCAUGAAAGCCUUGUACGGCCCGCUGCCCCAGUGGAGGCACGAGGCAUUCUACUUGAACUGCUACGAGGUCGACUCGGGUGGCUACGAGAUGAUCGGCAAAGCCACGCUCUGGGGCAACCUGCCAGGCGAACCUGCCGAGGGAGAGUCGAAGAAGACCGAUGGCCAGGGAAAGCAGUGGGACCUGGCGAUGCUGGGCGCGUAUCGCUUUCACUACGUCAAGGAAGGGGACGGCUUCGCUUUGAAGAGGAUCGAGCUCACGGGGGACACGGCGCCGUUGGUGGUCGGUCUGCUUAAGAGGGGGGUUCUCUCCCCCAAGGAUCUGGGGAUCUGA